AAACAGCUCCUCCCAAUGCCCAGGGUCACCCUUGGCACACGAGUAAAGGAAGUCAUGGUGAGAGGGGUCCUUCUCGCUGUCACAGCCGCGGUGCUGGUUGCCGCCGCCAGUGCCCAGGAUCUUGAAUCGAAAUGUGAAGAGUGUGACAGGUCAGCGUGCCCCGAAGUGGGGUCGUGCCCCGGGGGCGCGGUGCCCGACGAGUGCGGCUGCUGCGUGAUCUGCGCCCGCGGCCUCGGCCAGCGCUGCGACAACGAGACGGGCGCGGCGUCGCGCGGUCGCUACGGCGCCUGCGGGGACCACCUCGUGUGCCGCCCGCGCACCGACGUCGGGGACUCGGUCGAGGCUGUGUGUGAGUGUGACAGCGAGGGAGAGGUCUGCGGCUCAGAUGAGGUCACCUACGAGAGCCUGUGUCACCUGCUGGAGAAAACGGCCGAUAAUCCCGAACUGUUUGUGGCUGUCCGGGGCCCGUGCAAGGCAGCGCCCGUGAUCAUGUCCCCGCCCGAGGACGCCGAGAGACCCGAGGGCAGCAUCCUGGUCCUGGACUGCGAGGUCAGGGGUUACCCUGUGCCCGACGUCACGUGGGAACUUAACCUCAAGGAUGGGUCGUCCUUCAAGCUGCCAGGUGACAGGUCCUCCCUAGCCGUGCAGGUCCGCGGUGGCCCCGAGCCGUUCAUGGCCACAGGCUGGGUCCAGAUCAUGCGCAUCAACAAGGAGACCGUGGGUACCUACUCGUGCGUGGCCACUAACUCUGAGGGCGAGGCGCGUGCUUCGGCUAAGGUGCAGAUCCGUCGAGCAGCGAACGAGAAGGAAGAAUCACUGAACAUGGUAUAAGACCGGCACCCCCCCCCCCCCCCCCCCAUGGAGCUCCUUCAAACGAGUGUCCGAAAUAAACACCACUGCCAUUGUUUUUUAGUUUGUUUUUUUUAUCUCUUUUUUUAAAUAUUUUCGUUUAAUUUUCAUCCCUUACUCAGCACCACUACUUUGUUCUAUUUAAUGAUAAUUUGUAUUUUGAUAAGGAAAUAUGGCUACUUUAGCUCUUUUAAGGUUGAAUUAAGUUAUUUUUAAGGUUUACGUCUCCCUAAUGACAUGGCGAUGUUAUAUAUCUCUAUUUUCUCUUAUUAUUAUUAUCAUAAUAUGAUCAUCGUCUGCAUAAAAUGGCUUAGCUUUUUCGCUUUCCAAGAAGGCAUGUAUCAUCUUAAAAAAUAUCAUGUAUUUUGAAAACCUAAAAAGAUUUAAGCACGUUUUUUUUGCAGACUUUAUUGGAAAACACUUUUUGUGAACGAGUGUCACUUUUGAGUCACUAGACUAGAUGAAACAAGGACAAUUAUUUACACUGGUAUUUGUUUAAUCUUUAUUAAGGAAAUGUUAAGCUUAUUGAUGUUGUGUUGUGUACAAUAAACGACUGUAAUAAAAUCUA